CACACACACACACACACGCACGCUCCGGCCCAAGAAGCAACUACGGCCUCAUAACUCAGCAGAUGCAGAUUCAUUUCCAGCCAAGAACUUCCAGCCGUCCGAGAACUGAGGGAAUCAACGGAGACUCAUAAUGAGCCUCAAACAAGCCUGCAUCUUUCUCAGAGGGGGAACGAAGAGAGAAGCCAGACGUCUCACACACGACGAGAUCGAAGAGUUACGCGAAGCCUUCGUGGAGUUUGACAAAGACAAGGACGGCUUCAUAACCUGCAAGGACCUGGGGAACCUGAUGAGGACCAUGGGCUACAUGCCCACGGAGAUGGAGCUGAUACAGCUGGGCCAGAACAUCAACAUGAACUUGGGAGGUCGAGUGGACUUUGAGGACUUCGUGGACCUGAUGACCCCCAAGCUUCUGGCUGAAACGGCCGGAAUGAUCGGCUUGAAGGAGCUCAAAGACGCUUUCAGAGAGUUUGACAUAGACGGUGACGGUGCCAUCACGUCCGAGGAGCUGAGACAUGCCAUCGUGAAGCUACUGGGCGAACACACCAGCAAGCGUGAGAUCGAGGCGGUGGUGAAGGAGGCCGACGACAACGGGGACGGAACCGUCGACUUCGAGGAGUUUGUGAAAAUGAUGUCGCAGAAUUGAGGCCAACGCGACGAACGGACUGGAAACAUGCAUUUUGAUGGAGUUUUAUACUGAUUAGUUCUGAAUUAUUUCUCUACAGUUUCCUGUAAUUUGGAGAAUCUAGUUUUUAAACAAUUGUAAGUUUGUUAAUUUUAUAGGAUCAAACGUGUUAGUUCAUUGUACAAGAAAUGUAAAAUAACUCUGACACUUUAGAUACUCAGUGUUUUGAAGCACUUCUCAGGCUGCGACACUGAGUGAAGCAGGGCAAAGCAGAAAGUUCAGACUUAAUGACUUCAUUGUCUCCUAAAUGCUGCAAAAACACAUAAUUCACUGGAUCCAAGAUCAUUUGCUCACUAUUCAUUUAAAAACUAGCUGCAGGUUGAGUCUGUUUACACCUGUUCCCUGUGUAGAAACUGGAUGCUCUGGGACGACUGACGCAAACGUAGUGAAUAUGAAUGUUUCAUUUUAAUUAAUGCUAAUGCCUUUGAUGUCAUGAGGCAGGACAGUCCUGGCAUUCUGUCAUACGCUUACAGCCUCCCGCUAUGAAUCCAGAUGUUUGCUCCAGAAACCACAGCUGUCAAAAUUUCCUCGCUGUGUUCCAUUAAAUCGGUCGGUUGCGUAACAGCACGAGUGAACAAAGGGAGCGAGCUGCGGUUUUGGCUCAGCUUUGUGAUCUUAACCGUGCAGAGGCCAUUAACAUGCUGAUCUGAACAUGAUCUGGGUGGAACGCGACAAAACGAGCGGGUUUCCUGUGGUAGAGCAGCAGUGAACGUGGAAUAUGUGAAACGGGACGUGGAUGGAGGCGGGGAGCUGUAAUGAAGGACAACAGAUCAGGGAAAGGUCUGAAAGUGUAGAAUUAUGAAAAAAAUUAAAUAAAUGACUGGAAAAUC